UUCAAUGCAAAUAUGUAGUGGGUGUAUAACAGUUUGUUUUACAUUCUCACUCAUUAAACACGAAUCAAUCAACACAUGCUUCUCUUUGAACGACUUAAUAUAAUAUUAAACUUUUAUGAAAUAAAUGAAAAAUAAACGUUUGGUUCCUCAACUGCGUUGCCGAUUCCAGUCAGCAGAUGGCGAUGUGCUUCUUUUAGGUUCAGGCGACGCUGACAGUGUGACGUAUAAUCUAGUAGACCGGAAGCUCCAACAACAACAGCUUGUCAGACACCUCGGUAUCUUUCUAGCAAACACAGCUACAACAUUCACUCUCUUUACAGUCUUUUGGUGUACAUUAGUCGCUGUGUAUUAAACACUUCCGUCGUAUGUACUUGUUGGCCCAUUUAUGUAUUUACGUUGUUUGUCAGCUAGCUGGUUUGCUAAGUUAGCUUAGAACUAGGCCAGUCGCUAAUGCUAGCUAGCUAACAUCUCCGACCAUGAGUUCACUAAGCUACUUUCCUCCUGCUAAAGGAGAGUGGGUCUGCUGGACGGAGAAAGAAGCUCUUGUGAAAGAGGAGGAGGAAGAGAAGGAUGUUACAAUACAAAAACAAGUAGAGGGUGAGGCUUUUGCCGUGAAAGAAGAAGAGAAAGACGUUUCAGUGAAAGAAGAGGAAGGCGCGUUCAGAGUGAAAGAGGAGGAUUUCACAGUAAAAGAAGAGGAGGAUGCAGUUUUUGGACUGAAAGAGGGGGAGAUGACUGUUACAUCCACAAAGGAGGAGGAAGAAGAGGAGUUUGGCGAUCUGGGCCCGGUUUCCCAAACGCAUCUUAAGGCAUCCAAUGGUUCUAACGAUGUUAACACUAGAGAGAGACGGGACAAUCGUGGAUCCUCUGGGGAGCCUCAACAACAUCAUGAUGAUGACGAGGCAGAGAAGAGUCUCUCCAGAUCAGAACUCCUCAAGAAACACCAGCAGAGACCCACAGGGAAGAAAUCUAACUGCUGCUCUGACUGUGGGAAAAGAUUCAACUCUUCAUUAAAACUUAAAAUACAUCAAAGAAUUCACACUAGAGAGAAAUAUUUUGGCUGUGAUCAAUGUGGGAAGAGUUUUACUGCAUCUAGCCAUCUGACUAUACACCAGAGAACACACACAGGAGAGAAACCUCAUAGCUGUGAUCAAUGUGGGAAGAGUUUUACUCGGCCAGACAGCCUGAUGGUACACCAGAGAACACACACAGGAGAGAAACCUUAUAGCUGUGAUCAAUGUGGGAAGAGUUUUUCUACAUCUGGCCAGCUGACUUUACACCAGAGAAUACACACGGGAGAGAAACCUUAUAGCUGUGAUCAAUGUGGGAAGAGUUUUACUACAUCUGGCCAGCUGACCUUACACCAGAGAAUGCACACAGGAGAGAAACCUUAUAGCUGUGAUCAAUGUGGGAAGAGUUUUAUUUCAUCUGGCCAGCUGACUUUACACCAGAGAAUACACACAGGAGAGAAACCUUAUAGCUGUGAUCAAUGUGGGAAGAGUUUUACCACAUCUAGUCAGCUGACUCUACACCAGAGAACACACACAGGAGAGAAACCUUAUAGCUGUGAUCAAUGUGUGAAGAGUUUUUCUAGAUCUGACCAUCUGACUUUACACCAGAGAAUACACACAGGAGAAAAAUCGUAUAGCUGUGAUCAAUGUGGGAAGAGUUUUACUAGAUCUGGCCAUCUGACUUUACACCAGAGAAUACACACAGGAGAGAAACGUUAUAGCUGUGAUCAAUGUGGGAAAAAAUACUCUGAUAAAAGAUCUAUGAUUAAACAUCAGAAACAUUGUUUCAUGAUAUCAAUGAAAUAAUGUCACAAUGUAAAAUGUUUUAACAUUGUAGAAGGAUUAUUUUAAUGAUGUCACAAUGUAGAACCCUAAAUGGUUGUCCCCUGUUCUAUUGAUUUCAGCAUGAUAUGGAUUUUAGCCUCAGGGGAAAAAUCGAGGCCCCGAAUUGGAAGAGUACUAUUUAUGAUUUAACAAAAAGUGACUAACAACAAAAGAGUUGUUACACACCACGUUGGUGACCCAAAAUGCAACACAUCAAAAUGUAGCGAGCAGUUUUCAACAAAUUGUCCUCUAGCCAGUGAUGUACACAUUAUUCCCAGAUUCCAUGUGGUUUUUGCUGUGUUCGUUUUUACAGGACGUGCAGCCUCCUCUCGCACAAUUGAUUUCAACAUGAUAUCGAUGAGUGAUGACAAGUAAGUGUUGUGUUCCUUUGUUUUUUGACCCCUAAAUUUAAAUGCAUCACUCCUAAAUUGUAGCUGACUGUCUUCUGCAGGUUGUCCUCUAACCAGUGAGGUAAAAGAUAUCUCCCAUUUCCAUGUGUUUUUUUUAGUUGUGUUAGUUUCAACAGCACAUACAACCUGAUUUCCCCCUAAUCGAUAUCAGUGAUUUAUUGCUACUUGUCAAAACAACAUUGUUUUUGGUGCUUGUGCAGUUUAUAAGGUGCUUGUUUAAGAAAAUACUUCAUAUGAUUAUUGUGGCAGUUGUUUGUGUAGAUAGUACAUUUUAUGUUUAGGAUUUCAAUUUAUCACAAACUUUUUCUGCAUUUGGACUAUUGAUUUGGACACGUUUAAACUGUGACAUUGGGGCUACCCCACCUAGCAAAAUGUAGUUGAAAAUAAGACUAUGCGAAAGUUGAAAAUAAAACAAUUUAAUUGCAAUGUACUUGCAGCCUAUACACAUGGACUCAGUAUAAUAAAUUGGUCUUCUAUCAAUUUUAUAUCACUCCAGUAUUUCUUUACAACAUUCAAAUGCUAAUUGUCUUUAUUCCACUACUGAAGAAGCAUGACUCAAAUCACCUCAUAUUUCAAACGUCCAGCCUGACAAAAGAUACAUGUUUUAUUAUUCCAUGCCUCACCCUUAGUUAAGUUAAUUAUUGUCAAUACAUAUUAAGAGGGGUACAUUUGGUUUUGAUAUUUAAUAUUUACAAUUCAUGUAACAUUUAGUAAUCAUAAUUAUUUAUGCAACCAACUGACAAUUUUUGUGUACAAUUAUAUUGGAAUUGUUAUCCUGCUUUUAGAAAAUCAGGGAUCAUUUUCAGAUGUGCCAACCCAAAUGUUCUGUAGCAUGACAUUGGGGACUGGGCCCCGAUCCAACAACAUGCCUAUCUAGUGAACCCUGAAAAGAGAGAGAAGCUCUGCAGUUAAGUGGAAAGUUACUACGGAUAUUGCAUGUCCGUCAUAAAGAACAACUUGGUUGCUGAUUGUCUCAAGCAUGGGCAGUCUAAAUGUUUUGUGUUUUGCAUUUAGCCAGUGCGUUGCCAAGGAUCACAAUUUAUUUUGACUGCACGUUUUUCUGUAUUGGAGACAAGAGUUCUAGAAGCUAGUGAGUUUUAGGAAGAGAGUUCUAGAAGCUCGUGAGUUUUAGGAUUCUAUAGAAAGAAAAAGGAGUCAAAAAAUAAUGUGUAUAUUAUUUUUUAGAAAUACGUGCUUUUAUUUGUUUUUAAUUGUUGACAGCCAGUAGAUACCAUGUUUAUAUUGUGGAAGGUGAAGCAUUGUAGUUGAUUAGAAUGAGAAAUGGAAGUUUUCUGUUGUUGGUGAGCAAACUUGUCCAACAAAAAUAUAGGAUAUAUUUGUCUUAAAGGGGAAGGUGUUACAGGCUUUGGUUUUUCCAUUUAUGCUUUGAGGUUGGAGUUUAGCACGUAUAGCUCGUUAGCAUGUAGAGCGCACAGAUAGGUGUCACCAUGUUACAUCUGUGCUGGCUUUCCCAUCUCGUUUGGGUUUAAUAUUUUAAUCAAUGGAUUUUCCUCAGGGUCAUUAGUCUUUCAGUUGUUAUUCGCCUGUUUUUUUUAUCCUCUUAUGUUUGUUGUGGUAAAUAUUUGUUCAUAUUCAGUUUUUUUAUACAUUUUUUCACGUGAAUCCAUUGCGUUGCAUCCAUGUCUGAAAUGUGGUGUAUAAAUAAAGCUUGAUUUGAUUUGAA